AUGCUCAGUUUGAAUCCACACAGACACUAUUCUCGUAAUCGUAACGAUGAAAUUUUGCAAAUAUUUGGUUAUUUUAUUUGCAAUCUUUAUCAACCAAGGCAGCUAUUCAAACAAAGCGAAUUUCCCGAAGAAACCUUCAGAAAAGGAAGUCAUAGAAAUUGUGGAAAAGCUGAAAACCAUCGCCGAUGAACAAAGUUCACAAUCCUUGUGGGAACGGCUACACAACUUCAAUGCUGAUCUUUUGCCGGGCAAAAUUGCAACAGAAGCUGCGGAACAAAACAAUCAAAAUAGCCAUGCCUUUCGCCGAUCGCAGCUUGUCGAUCGCAGAUAUGGAAGAGAAGAGCGCACUUUCGACGAUGAACGUCCAGGGCCAGCAUUAUCGUCCGAAGAAACAGACACCAAAUCGCAUACUUUGAAGCGGAUACGUUUUCUAAGGGCAAAGUAUCGUCAGAACAAAACGUUUACUCAAUAUGCCCAAAUGUUAGGACAUAUGUCACUCUCCAGUAUUCGGCAAAAGAAUCCACAAGAGGUGAAUCGAUACUACAACAACCUUCCACACGAUCCUGCUCAAACAUCCGAUAGUAUUGAUGCCACUUCACUCGAUGAAAGUUUUCCUCGUUUGGAACCGUUUCACACAUCCACCUUCUCCUUCCGUCCAUUGGUGCGCCGUAAACGCCCAACAGAUACAAUUUAGGAAAUAAAGAUUACCAUUGACCGGCUUACCUUUGCAAUCCUUCCAGCAGGAGUGGGGUCAGCAUAACGUCCACCUGUCCCUUGAAACGAACCACGAUUGAGUUGCGUGUCGCUAUCUCCCCUUG